AUGCCCUCGCGGCAGCCCUCGCCGCCCGCGCCGUCGCCGGGCCCGGCCGCCGCCGUCGCGGUCGCGGAACCCCGAUACCGCGGGGCCCGCCACCGCCGGGCCCCGCCCGCCGUCGCCGCCGCCGCGGGGGCGUCGGCCGCGGCCGCCGCGGCGCUGAUCUUGGUGGCCGCCGUCGCGCUGUUGCUGCUAUGGCGGAGGCGCCGCCGCCGCCGGAAGCUGGCCGUGGCGGCCGGGGCGCAGCACGCGGCCGACCUGCGGAGGCUGUCGUACCACCAGCUGCGCCGCGCCACGGGCGGCUUCGCGGCGGGGAGCAAGCUGGGGCAGGGAGGGUUCGGCCCGGUCUUCCGCGGCGCGCUGCCCCGGUCGGGCCAGCCCGUCGCCGUCAAGGUCAUGGACGCCGCGGGCUCCCUCCAGGGCGAGCGCGAGUUCCACAACGAGCUCUCCCUGGCCUCCCACCUCCUCGGCUGCGCCGCCACGGCCCACGGGGGAGGGGGAGUGGGAGGCGGAGGGGGACCCGGGCCCGACCCGCCCCACAUCCUGCUCCCGUUCGCCUACUCCCUCUCCACGCAGCCACGCCGCUGCCGGAUGAUGCUUGUGUACGACCUCAUGCCCAACGGGUCGCUGCAGGACGCGCUGCUCGGGAAGAGGUGCCCCGAGCUGGUGUCCGGCUGGCCGCGCCGCCUCGCCGUCGCCCGCGACGUCGCCGCCGCGCUCCACUACCUUCAUUCCGUCGUGCAGCCGCCCGUGAUCCACGGGGACGUCAAGCCCAGCAAUGUGUUGCUGGACAAAGACCUCCGUGCCCGCCUCUCAGAUUUCGGACUCGCACGGAUCAGGUCUGAAGAGGAGGAUGAGUUGGAGAGCGGUGCCAUUGGGGCCGAUGCAGACGGGAACGCCAAUCCCGGUGGUGGAUGUGACGAGGAUAUGUCGGUGGCUGGCGAGAGCACCACUGCUGUCGUGGUUAAUGGGGAAGACAAUGCUGCCAAGUCCCCGGAGGAUGAUGAGGUGCUCACCACGGCAUCUCAUGCAGAGGCCGUAUCCACUUCCGGAUGUGACAAGACUAGUGUUGCUAGUGGAUGUAAUGCCCGAAGCUGCAAUGGGGGAGGUGCAGGAGGAUCAGGAACUGGGAGUGACUGGUGGUGGCGUCAGGACAAUGGUGGUGGUGGUGGUGGUGGCGGCGGUGGCAGCGGCGGUGGCGUUAAGGACUAUGUGAUGGAAUGGAUUAGAUCGGAGAUCAAGAAGGAGCGACCGAAGAAUGACUGGAUUGCAGGGCCAUCUGCAGUAACCCCUGUUGCUCCAACAGAGAGGAAGAAACCAAAGAGGAGGGCGCGGGAGUGGUGGCGCGAGGAGUAUGCAGAGGAGCUCACGAAGAAGCAAAAGCGGAGGGCACUUGCCAAGUCAAAGAGUGAUGCUGGUGCGAUGUCUGGUUUGCAGUGGUGGGAGAGGGAUUGUGAUUUUGAGGAGAAGGGCCAUUCGAGGUGGAGGAUGAUGAAAAGCUGGAGCCGGAGGAGCAGCAAUGGCAAUGGCAAUGGCAAUGGCAACGCCAGCAUCAGUUGGUGGGUGGACGGUGUGAGAAGGAGCAGCAGGGAUUGGGCCAGCGGGGAAUUUGUGCCUAAGAGUGGUGGAGCAGUGAGCAGCACACCGAGCAUGCGUGGCACAGUCUGCUAUGUGGCUCCUGAGUAUGGUGGAGGAGGGCCUCUAUCAGAAAAAUGUGACAUUUACAGCUUUGGUGUGUUGUUGUUGGUCCUCAUAUCUGGACGACGCCCGCUCCAAAUGACAACCUCACCAAUGUCAGAGUUUGAGAAAGCGAGCCUCAUUUCGUGGGCAAGGCAUCUUGCUCAAGUUGGCCGCUUGCUUGAUCUUGUAGACCCUGCACUGCAGGAUGUUGAUCGAGACCAAGCACUGCUAUGCAUUACUGUUGCGCUCCUUUGCAUUCAGAGGUCACCAGCUCGCCGCCCAUCAAGUACAGAGGUGCUUGGUAUGCUUGCUGGUGAGGGUGAGCCACCACCUCUUCCGAUAGAGUUCUCACCAUCACCUCCUGGCGGAUUCCCCUUCAAGUCCCGAAGGAAAGGCCGGUGA